AUGUCCUCUUCAGUACCGAAUUCACCACCGUUUGCAUUGAUUCUCGUACAUAAAUACUUCCCGAAUGGCAGUUUGGGUUCUUCCAACUCACAACCACCGAAACCCCCCACCGCUCCUUCGUCAACAUCGCUGCACUACUACCAUCUUUCCAUCACCAUCCUCGUAUCGCUACCCAGUAAGAUCAAGAUAAUAGAAACCUUGCCACCACUGACACUAAGCAGCAGUAAAGAUCCAACCAUCCACGAUCCCUCAAACCCUGGCCCAGUAUCUCGCCAGACCAUGUCUAGCUCUUCAGGCCCCCCCACAGCGUCGUCUAACUCAGGACGACUCAUCGACUUCUUGGUUCAGCCGGACAGAUACUAUCCAAUUUUCAAGAAUAUCACUCUCAAUCUCGGAGCGGCCGAUAUGAUGACUCUCCGACGAGUUUCCACAUCCUUGAACGUCGUCUACCUCGCUGCACAGGCAUCACAGUGGAACAUCAAUACAGCGUUGCAGAGGUUUGUGAAGAACUCGAAGUUGUUCCGCAAUAAGCUCGGCCAAGCUUCUGGUAUUAUCUCAGGACAGUUCGCUCUGGACUUCCUAGAUAGGAGUCCUGUUGGUGAUCGCCUCGACGUCUUCGCAUCCGGAAAGAUGGGAGGAUUUUCGAAUGGAGAGUUUCUAGCCUGGGCAAUCGAUUCCGAGGGCUACGCUGAGCUUCCUUCUUAUCGGAAUGACAAGGAUAGGAAGUUUCGGAUUGACCAACACAUGACCAACGUGUACGCGCGCCCAGGAACGGACAAGCCGCUGAUAUACCUCCAUCACACAUGGAAAACCCCCAUUGUAGACCUCUUCACAACCGGUCGCCAGUACACUCUCGCACUUGCGAACUUCAUCACCUCAACCAAGGUCUACGUGCCGUUCGCCAAGGAGACCUUUCGUGAACGUCGAGCCUACCUACACAAGCCUAUCGAUACUAGCGCCCACGAGUAUCUCACGCCGGUAGCACACACCGGACGUCGCCUGUUAGACGUUAGACAUAGAGUACUUGAGUAG